CCUCAUGGGUAGGAUUGAACAAAGCUGACGUAUUAUCGGCCGCCAAUCGUCUUGUUUAUGACGCGCGAGCGUGGAGUACAUGAAACUACAAUUAUUUAGGCGUCGCACGCGGGAUUUCCACCGCCCAACGGCUUUAUAAGGUCAUUGAAUUUUUCUCCGGGAAUCAAUUUCUCCCCACUCACCUGUCCCUGUAAGAUUUUUUUUUUUUUUGGUUAGUGAAGUCUGCAAGAUUUUCAUCUAACCCAAUGGGGAGGAUUGGAUUGUUCGAUCUGGAGAAGCACUUUGCCUUCUAUGGUGCAUACCACAGCAAUCCAAUUAAUAUUGCCAUCCACACCUUGUUUGUAUGGCCAAUCUUCUUCACUUCCCUGGUUUUUCUGUACUUCACGCCUCCCCUUUUCAAAGCCCCUGAACUAGUGCUCGGUUAUGGCCUCGUCUUUAAUUACGGGUUCUUGCUUGCUGCUGUCUAUGCCUUCUUCUACGUCUCCUUGGAUUACAAAGCCGGCUCUUUUGCGGCUUUGAUCUGUUUGUUCUGUUGGGUGGGAUCUAGCAUUCUUGCUCAAAGGCUCGGCUUUUCUCUCGCGUGGAAGGUUGUGCUUGCAUCUCAGCUGUUUUGUUGGACCGGACAGUUUGUUGGUCAUGGCGUGUUUGAGAAACGUGCACCGGCUCUCUUGGACAAUCUUACUCGCUUUCUAAUGGCCCCUUUCUUUGUGUUGCUCGAGGUCUUCCAAUCACUUUUUAAAUAUGAGCCCUACCCAGGGUUUCAUAAAAGGGUGAAGGCAAAAAUAGGAGCUGAGAUCAAGGAAUGGCAGGACAAGAAAGAAAAGAAACUUUCUUAGCUUUAGCAAUUGAUUUACUGAUGUCAUUAUUGUGUAUACCCUCUGUAAACUACAGAAAAAAUAUAUUUUGUAGUUGUGUUGUAACUUAAUAUUCGCAGUGUGGUGGGGCAUUGUCUAAUGUUUGUCGUUGUAAACGACCUUUCUUCAAUUGACGACCUCUUACUCAAUUUAUGAUGAUUCGUACUUGCAAAGUGA